UUUUCUUAAAUGGCCAUACGUCUGCAGCGCAUUUAAAUUUCAUUUUGUAAAUUCAUGCUACAGACUCACAACUUAUUUUAAUAAAUGUAGUGUAGAAAUCAAUAAAUUAGGGAUCAAUUCAGUCGAUAAAGUUUGUAUUUUUGCACAGAUAAAAGGGUGAAUAAUUUUGUUGGUGAAUGUGUGUCUAUAAGUUUGUUUUUUGAUGUAUUGAAAAUAUACAUAGUGCAAAGCCCAAAAAGUGUGUGUAAUCAAUAAUUUUUGUUACUUCGUUUUUAUUAUUAUCAAAUCGAUUUGGACUGAAUUGAAAUAAAUGACAUUUCUUUUGAAAUUUUGCAAACGGUUGUGGAAGAAAUAAGAAAUAUAAACGUUUGUUGUUGGUGUUUAGUGUUUCGAAGUAUUUAUUUUCGUCUCAAUGAAUACGGACGAAUUGCUUGUGCAAUUGGAUUUCGAUGAAACCAAUGUGAAUCACCAAUCGCCCCAACAACAACAUCAACACAACAACUCAAUUGAGAAUACAAAACGAACACAUUUGCAACGACCUUUGUCGCCACCAAUAAAUACAUCCGAACCAAUUUUGUCGAUUGGUGAAUUUCUGUUACCAGAUAACGAUAAACCAAAUGAUGCCCUCAAUACACAGCAUCAACAUCACCACAGGCGUGCAUUUAGCGAUGACAAUGCAUUGGUGACAGUGACACAAACGAUAGAACAACCACAUUCCAAUUUAAAAACACAACUAACCGAAAAUCACAGCUUAAUUAAUAUAUCGAGAUCUCCAUCGCUGGCGGCAACAGCAGACGACGACGACGACGACGACGACUACGAUCGAAUUGGUCAUUUGGAGCCAACAACUCAAGUUAUCACAACGAACGGCGAAGGACCCAGCCAAAUUCAUCAUAUCGACGAUACCGUUGAAGUAAGCCUGUUAGCUGAUUUAAGUAUGGAUAGCCGAGAAUCACAACCAUUAUUGGGCAUUGGACGUGAUACACAUGAUUUUGUCUACAAUAAUUUUCCAGAUGAUCCGCAAUUCAAUGAGCUGGUUUCACAAGCCGAGAUGGCGAUUGAGCACGGCAUUUAUCCGGAGCGUAUCUACCAAGGUAGCAGCGGAUCAUAUUUCGUGAAAAAUACAGCCGGGAAAGUUAUUGCCGUGUUUAAGCCCAAAGAUGAAGAACCAUACGGUCGAUUGAAUCCCAAAUGGAUGAAAUGGAUGCAUAAGCUGUGUUGCCCAUGUUGUUUUGGACGUUCAUGUUUAAUGCCGAAUCAGGGAUAUUUAUCAGAAGCGGGUGCCAGUUUAGUUGACCAAAAAUUGAAAUUGAAUAUUGUGCCGAAGACACGUGUUGUUCGAUUAGUAUCUGAAACAUUCAAUUAUCCGCGAAUCGAUCGUCAAAAGGCCAAAUUAAAGAAAACCAUCAAAGAACAUUACCCAUCUGCUCGAUUCAAUCGAAUGAGCUUACCUCCAAAGACUGGUUCGUUUCAACUAUUUGUGAAUGGUUACAAAGAUGCUGAUUACUGGUUGCGUCGUUUUGAACAAGAGCCUCUACCGCAAAAAGUUCUUGACAGUUUUCAACUGGAAUUUGAAAAGUUAGUCGUUUUAGAUUAUAUAAUACGAAACACAGAUCGCGGCAAUGAUAAUUGGUUGAUUCGUUACGAACAACCAAAAUUGAAGAACCUAAGUCGAAGCCAGCAAUCAAAAUCAGCAUCAAUAUCGUCAUCUCAGUCGUCAUCGAAAGUACCGUUGCGAAAUCACUACAUUCAUCCGAUUACCGUGGAUGAUCAAAUGCAUGAUCUACCAUUAGAUGAUGAUUUCAAUGGUGGUAUGUCAUCAGGCAGCAAUAAAUCAUCGGAUAGUGCAAUUAGUGUACAUUCAAAUAACGAACUGACAACGGGUGCAUCAUCGAGUGGCAUCGCUCAAAUGUCCGAUGAUCAAAAAAUACAAAAUUUCAUGGAAAAUGAUUGGCACAUGGUUCAAUUGCCCAAACUUGAAAUUGCGGCCAUUGACAAUGGAUUGGCCUUUCCAUUCAAACAUCCCGACUCAUGGCGCGCAUAUCCGUAUCAUUGGGCUUGGUUGUCACAAGCAAAGAUUCCAUUCUCAAACGCCAUAAAAAAUCAUGUGCUCCCAUUGUUAUCCGACAUGAAUUUCGUUGAAGAAUUGUGCAGUGAUUUGUAUGAAUUGUUUAAACAGGACAAGGGUUUCGAUAAGCGUUUAUUUGAACGACAAAUGGCUGUGAUGCGCGGACAAAUUUUGAAUUUAACACAAGCACUCAAAGAUAAUAAAAGUCCGGUACAAUUGGUCCAAAUGCCAGCAGUGAUUGUUGAAAGAUCGCGAACAUCUUCCAGUCGAUUUUCAUCGUUUACACAACGGUUCCAAAGUAAAAGUCCGUUUUUCUCAUGGUGUUGAGGAAACACAUCGAUUCAUCAAUGAAAACCAUCAUCAUCAACAUCAUCUCGCUGGCAUAUUUUUCUACAAUAAACAUAUUUCAGUGUUGUUGAAUCACCAAUCUUUGAUUCGCCAAAAUAUAUUCAAAACAUCACCGAUAUUUGGACGAUGGAAACAGUUAUCAACUAUUUUUGUUUUUCGUUUUGUUCGAUACACCAUUCUACUAUAUUUUCUAUAAAACCAGUGUUUUUGUCACCACUUCGUUUUUGUUGUGUAAAAAUCCCACUUCUAUUUCAUAACCUUUAGCAAAGACAUUGGGCUUCUAGCAUUAAAUAAAACUUAAUUUUUCCUUGCUUUGCUCAACAAAUCAAAAAGAUUAAACAAAAUAUGCUCUCAGAUUGGGAAUAAACUAAUUCAAAUAAUUUAUGUAAAUAUUGAA